GCCUUUAUUUUGCGUAUGGAGAAUUUGUAUAUCAUUGUACAACAUUUUGAGGAUUUGUGGCCCAAAAUUUGGAAAAUCAUAUCUGAAUUGCUCGAAGGUUUUCAGUUUAUUCAGAAUGCUUGAACUAUCUGAGAUGCAUUCUGGUUUUAUACUGAAAAGAGGGAAAUAUUUUGUAUAAAACAAAUAUAAAAAUGUUAGCAUUAGAGAAAUAAUACAUAUAACUGCCAUAUAUAUCUUUGUUUGCUUAGAUUUGAAGAUGGAUUUUUACCUUGGAGAAGAAUUAACACAUAAAAGGUGUCUUCACUAUUUCUUUUCCCAAAAAGGAAAAUUUUAAUUUAUUCCUCUUGUGGUUUGGACUAUGUGUCCAUAACCCCUCUGUCAUUAGGAAAUAAGUACAUAACCCUCAUGUGGUUUGUGGACUAAAGUGCCUCGUCAGGCUUGUUAACUACUUAAGCGGAAAGACUAAAAUACCCCUAUACAAAAUCUCAUUGUGCAAAUCUUUUUUUUUUUUUGGGAGGCAAAAUUUACUUUGGCCCCAUGUGCUUUACUCUGUGUGGUUUACCGCCUGAUAUUUGGAAAUGAACACAUAACUCCCUUGUGUCCUGGCAUGUGUUUCACACUUGCAAUUAACUUGAACGAAAUGCCCGACGGUGCACUUUAAUCCACAAGCCAUAAGGGGUUAUGUGCUUAUUUUCAAGUGAUAUGAGGUAAACCACCGAUGGAGUAGACCACAGGGGGUGAAGUGAAGUUUGCCCUUACCAAAAAUUAUAGUAGCUGAUACAUGUAUGCAUUUCCACACUAGUGUAUGGAUAACUCUAAUGGCCAUUACAUGCUCAAAUGUCAGGCACUCUACAGAUCGUGAAGUUGCUCUUAUGAGUCUCAUGGCUUACCUUUCAUAUGUGAUGGCUGAACUGUUUGACUUGAGUGGGAUUCUUACUGUAUUCAUUUGUGGGAUUGUCAUGUCACACUACACCUGGCAUAAUGUGACUGAAAGUUCAAGGGUAACUACCAAGCAUGGUUUUGCAACAUUGUCAUUCAUUGCAGAGAUUUUCAUCUUCGUUUAUGUUGGUAUGGAUGCCCUGGACAUUGAGAAAUGGAGUUUUGUAAGCAAAAGCCCUGGAAAAUCAGUUGGGGUCAGUUCAAUUCUGCUUGGCCUGGUUUUAGUUGGAAGGGCAGCUUUUGUCUUGCCACUAUCCUUCUUAAUUAACUUAACCAAGAAGUCUGAUAGCGAAAAAAUUAGCUUCAAGCAGCAGAUUACAGUUUGGUGGGCUGGUCUAAUGCGAGGAGCUGUCUCUAUGGCGCUUGCUUAUAGUCAGUUUGUGAAGUCUGGCCAUACACAACUGCCAGGAAAUGCAAUCAUGAUCACCAGCACCAUCACUGUCGUUCUUUUCAGUACACUGGUGUUUGGAACGUUGACCAAACCUCUUGUAAGGUUCUUGCUGCCUCCAUUAAAACACUCGAGCAGCAUGACCUCCUCUGAACCAUCUAGUCCAAAAUCCUUCACAUUGCCACUUCUCGGCAAUGGGCAAGAAGAUUCAGAGGCUGACACGGGUAUCCAUAGUAUACCUCGUCCAACCAGUGUACGCAUGCUCUUAAGCACCCCAACUCAUACUGUCCAUCAUUACUGGAGAAAGUUUGAUGAUGCUUUCAUGCACCCUGUGUUUGGUGGGAGGGGAUUCGUGCCGUAUGUUCCUGGCUCACCGAUGGAGAAAUGUCAAAAAAACAAGGAAAAUCGGUUUGAGCUUAAAGUCCUCCAUACAGCUGGCUCAAAGGCAUUUAGAAAGGUGCAAUACGAUGAGCGAGACAAGGAUGGAAAGGAGCUUGGACUUGUUGAUUCUUAUUAUUUGAUUUUUCUUUUUGAAUUUUGGAUUGCAGGGAUGUCCAAAGGGUGUCACACCUAAGUACAGCUUGAAGCCUCUUGUGCCAAGGCUGUCUGAUAUAAAGCCUGAUAUUGAUGUUGAGAAAAUGUUUUUUUAGAGAUUCUCUUUGAAGAAACUAUUGCUAUUCUUCAUUUAAACUGUUACUACUUUGAUUUGAAUUUGGAAACUUUCAGUUUUAAUUUUUGUAAAAUUUUACUUUCUAUAUACUCAUUAUGGUUUGGGAAUAGAGUGCGUUUGAUAUGUGAAUGUCAAUUUUUUUUUAAUAUGAUUUGAUGACAUUUAAUUUUGUG